AUGUCCGCGGAAAAUGUCUAUGAGGAGGUUUCCGCUCGAGCAUCAUCGCCAUUGCUGCGAUAUUUGAGUGCAUUCAUAGUCUUGGUGGUGUCCGCCAAGACAUGCGGGCUUCUCUCGGUGCCGAAGCAGGGCACGGCGUUUCGUUUCGGCCCCGGAGAGGAUCAACGGGAGGUGUGUGAUGGUAAGGCCGUGAUGCGCCUCGGAGCAACGAGCUACCUUGCUCGGCAAAUGCUCAUCUGGAGCGAGAGCGACGUCGCCAGAGUCGGCGCCCUUGUGGUGGAUUCGUGCGCCAGACGGUGGGGAGUCAAGGUAUUGUCGCUGUUGUGGGGCGUCACCGCCGCCAUAUGGGUUUACGGGGUCGCUUGGUAUAUCGUCUUGCCAAGCGCAGCUGCCGAUAUUGUCGAUUCACCAAGAACUCCUGUCAUCUGCAAGGCCUUGGUUACGAGUUGUGGCGAUGUUCCUCUGGCGGUGGCAACGAUAGCUUUUUCAGUCGGAGUCAUCAUGGCGAAUCUGUUCGUACCGCACAGCCUUGUGGCGUUCACUACCGCCGCAGAUGUUCGGACGGCUUGCUAUUGUCUCGGGACGUCGCUUUUUUACGUGAUGGGUGCGUGCGCGGUGGCAACCCUGAUCGGUGCGGAGGCGGGACUGUUCGCCGUUACGGUUGUUAUUUUCCCCGUGUAUUGGGUGAGUCUUCUGUACGGCAAUAUCGCCCUCAGUUUCCCUGGCGACCACUAUGCUGGUAGAGUGAACGAGAGUGACGACGAGUGGGAGCAGUUACUCAAGGCCGUGCGGCACCGGGGCAUCGGCCAGAGAGUGCUGGGCAUCAGUGACGAGGGAUUGCUUGCUGGUUGGCGGUAUUUGUGUCCCGCAAGGCAGGAAGAAUUUCUCCCCCUGGUGGCGUCCUUGGUGCGAGAGGACAAAGCUAAGUUGGAAGUACUCGGGGACGUGAGAAUGGAAAACGGUUAUGGCAUGUUCCACAGAAACUGGGUUGGGGUCGAGCCUCCCAUUGGAUUGACGAUAACGAACAAUGUUAUCGAACCGGUGUACGGUGGAGAGUCGAUCGAGUCGAUCGACUACGCCUUCAAUCAUGCCGGCGUGAAGCGGAAGCUUGUUCAGGUUGGGCUGGACACCACGGCGGGGACCAACUCGACAAAUCCUGUUUACGGAAAUGAGGGCACCCUUCCUGUGUUCUACGAGCAGGAAGAAGAUUGUCUCGAUGAGCACGGCUUACCGAAGCUUUCACUUCUCUGUGUCCAGCCUUUUCGCCAUGCGAGGUGUAGAAAGCGGCAACAGGCAGGGACUGGCUAUUGCAGGUCUUCCGGCCCGCCACCGGUCACCUUAGAAGAGGCCUGGCUACUCCUGUUUGCGGCGCUGUGGGGAUCUUGGAGCUGUCUAGGUUGGAUGAAAUGGGACGGGGUGGGCGGGGAACCCCCGGCGAACGAAUCUGCCCUCGUGUUUUGUGUGUUCAACGCGUUUUUUUCUCAGCGUGUUGAGUAUCUGUGGGCGUAUCGGGCAACCCCUCUGUGCAUCAAGCGCUUUAUCACGAAGAACACGGCCGUGGUCAGGGUUAUCUGGAUCUUGUUCGCCGUCUUCGUGUUCAUCGAGGUCGAGAAGGCUGCCCUCUAUGUUAUUUUGCUUGUAAACUUGGCCAUGAUCGUUCCAGUGAGGUGGGUGGAGCGUCGAAAUUGGGCCGACGAUGAGUGCUGGAGGUGGGGGGUGGAGGAUGGUAAACCCGCUGGCGCGUUCCCUGUUUGGGCCGAAACCAGCGACGGCAAUCAAGCAACGCAGUGGACUGAGUCUUGCACAGGGCUGACUGUGAAGCGUGCUUGAUCGCCCCUGCCGGAACCUGAUACGACGGCAACCGUCAAGAAUGUGUGCUCCGCCCGGGUUCCACGGUGACAGAACGCAGCGUUCCCCACAGUUGAACUCUUUUCCAGCCAUUUUGAUGUUGCCGUGUUUCAUCUCCUGCAUUCACUCAAUUAGUGUGUCAGGAGUCCCUCAGCACAGGAGGACUGGUGACGACAUCGUUGUUUGGCUGGAGUUUAAUCACUGCUUCGGGUUAUCGUGGGCCAGCGUUUGCUACACGUGUGGUUUUGGUUAGUUGUGUUUGACAUACCAUGUCGCUACAAGAAGUAAGUGUGGUAGCGUGUGGUGCUAGUGAGUGUGUACCUCUGAGUUGAAAUGGUGGGUGCGAGCGCCGCACCAAGAGCGGGGCUCUUCUUGCGUUGGGGGAAUGCAAAAGUUGUCGUUUCUGUGCUCACAGACGGGAACGACCACCUCUUUCUCCCUUUUUUUUUUUGUUUUUUGUGUUUUGGUUGCUGCGUGCGAGGUGUUGUUGCCUUUCAUGGACGUCGCCUUCGCUCGUUCGAGGUGUACGUGGUUUGUCGAUGGGGGAGAGGAGCAGCAUCUCUUGUCCGUAUUUAUUUGCCUUUCCGUGGGGCAGUUUACACGGAACUAUUCAAAAACAAGCUUUCUCAAUGGUACAAAUUCCAUAGACUAGAAACAUAGUCUUGAAGCAUAGUAAGGGCACAACUUCCAUAGACUAGAAGUAGUUCACCCUUGUGUUCAUUGUCCUUGCUUGUAGUCUUGAGUGUUUGCUUGCGCCCUUGCAUGUGACAGUUGUUUAUGGGUGUUGGCCUCAAAUACUGAGGGACACCGUUUUCGCGUACUAUUAUCUCGUCUCUAGUUGACUUGCGUGGUGGAGUGCAUAGCUAGACUUCCGUGUAUUACCCUUGAGGUUCAUUUUUGCCUUCUCUUCAUCCUCGAAAGAAUUACGUAAACGAUUUCGCAAGGGGUUUUGUCCCAGGGGUCGGGUUUCCCCUUGUAUCCGAGUUGGCUUUUUUAUCGAGGUUUACGUUCUUCCGCGAUGUUUUGACCCGACGGCCGGGGGACCCGUUGCAUCCGAGUUUAAUUUUUUUUUUUCUCCGACGGUUGAGAGACCGUUCCCGAACGGGCGGUGGUGCACGUAUCAAACCUAGGUCGCGAACGUUUGUGUUCGGAUAAUUUCUUGUGGAUUGUGGAUAUGUAUGGAGAACAUGGACUUGACAGGCUACAAUUAUGUGCCAGAGACGUUCGAUGUGAAAGAAACAAGACCAUAUGAAACUGGCCCAAGCAGUGGCGUUGUUACCAGCUGUCUUCGUGUGGU